GAAGGCAGACACUGAGCUAAGCACCUGCUGAGCACAUCAAGAGACAAAGACACCGCAAGACAAACACUGUCAGCUGUCAACAUGAAGGCUGUACUCGCCACCAUCGCUGUCCUCGUCCUGGCUCUCGGCUGGACCUCUGAAGCUGUGCUGGUUGAAGAGAAUGGACUGUCUUUCUCUUUGGAGGCCGUCAAGAGGCUGCAGGAGCUGACAGAGAGCAGCGCUGCAGCAGUACAACAUAGCCCACGACUGCGGGCGGGCACCAUGUCCCUCUGCGCCGACCCCAUGCUGCCACAGGAGUUCCUGCCCCUGUGCAAGCAGAGAGGAGCAUCUGCAUCCCUCGCCAGACUAUCUAUGGUUCCCCUGGAUGUCUGUGAGAUCUGUGCCUUUGCUGCCUGCACCGGCUGCUAAACAAACCCAGCAUGCCCAGAAACAUCUUGCCCAGCUUAAGACUUGUGAUUUGUUUUUCUCCCUCUCUAAACAGUUUCAGGGAAUUUCUAAAAUCUCCUGCAAUGAUGAGACGAUGACUUUAUGCUCAGUGAGCGCAGAAGCUCUGACUCUGUCCCACUGGGCAUUUUAUGCAUUUUGAAGUCACUGUUUGACAAAAAAAAAGGCCCCAAAAGAAAAAUAAUCAAACUGAGGUAUGUUUUUGUUUUGUUUUGCAAACUGUUACUGUUGGUGCAUAUUUACCACUUUAUGUUUUUUGCUGACGGUUUAUUUUCUGAAUUUGACAUUGUUUGUUACAUUUCUAUCUUACUAAGAUUUCUACAUAUAAGAGAAGUUUCCGUCCUGUAUCUUCUUUUUUAUUGAUAAUAUUUUGAAUAAAAAGCUUUCAUUGACAG